AUGGCUGGGAUAGGGUCAUCAAGAAACAACGAAGAAGACAAUCAACAAAAGGCAAAUUGGGUUUGGUACAGAAACACAAAUAACACAAGCACGAGCCACCACACCAAUCAGAUAUGGCAGCAUCCAAGCCUCGAUCUAUAUCCGGGUCAGAUCAACGUCUGUGAUUUGACCACGUCAUCGAGAUCCCUAACCAUAAGCUGUCAAGACUGUGGAAACCAAGCCAAGAAAGGGUGCACGCACGGGCGGUGUAGAACUUGCUGCAAGAGCCACGGGCUCGACUGUCCCACUCACGUGAGGAGCACUUGGAUCCCCAUCGCCAAACGCCGUGAACGGCAGCAGAAGAUACAGACGCCAACCUCCAACCCAAUCACCGAUGGAGACCGAGUUGGGAACAUCCCGAAUCCGUAUAGAGAGAUUGAUCAACCGGCUACUUUUAACUCAUCAGAUAUUGCACCUAUAAUCCAAGAAAUUCUAUUUCAAAAUGAUGAAAAUGUUUAUUUGAUGUAA